AUGGUAAAAGACGUCCAUACAGUAGCAAGUGUCAAUGAAGCGAUCGAUGAUAAUCAUCUGUGGUAUUUAGCAUACGGCAGCAAUAUGAACAAAAAGGUCUUUCAAGGUGUCCGUAAAAUAGUUCCACUUCAGUACAAAGUGGUUACUGUCCCUGAAUAUUGGUUAAGCCUUGAUAUGAUGGGUUCACCUUAUGUUGAGCCAUGUUUCGCAAGUAUUGUAAGAAAAGCCCGUCAGAAUAUUACCGAAGAGUAUGCAAGAGAAAUACAUUUACGAUGCAAAGCAGGAACUCCAUUUAAAUGGAAUCCGGCUAACCCCGAAGAAUCGCUGCCCCCUACUCUUCAUGGAGUUGCAUAUUUAAUCACAAAAGAUCAGUUCAAACGAAUAUUGAUGACUGAAGGUGGAUGGGGGUACGACGAUUUUCCAACUGGAUAUUCUGUGGUUGAUGUAGAAUGCAGAACUUAUGAUGCUGAAAAAAUUCUCGCCAAAACACUGAUCGCCAAACCCGCUUCCGUAAAAAUAGGAUGUCAGGCUAGUGAAAGAUAUUUGAAUUUAAUGCGAGAAGGUGCAAAGGAAUUUGGAUUCGAGCCUACCUAUCAGAACUAUCUCUUCUCCCUCCAGCCAUAUCAACCAGAUACUGUUAGACGAAAGUUCGCUCGAGUUCUGUAUUUGAUUAGCUUCCUCCCAAUUUAUGCAUUAUUCUUGAUUAUGAAACAGACUACUAAGCACAAUCGUAGAAUACCACGUCCGUUAGCAUGGUUUUGGGUUUAUUUUGCUAAAAGUUCUCAUUUCGCCCACGAUCAUUUCUUCAAACCAAUAUUCGGAAGUGGUGAAAAUAUGGGUUUUGAUCAGUUGUACGAUAGCAGCCACAAAUAG